AUCCUAUCUGUCUGUCCCCCGCUCUCUCUCGCUCUCUCUCUCUCUCUUUCUCUCUUGCAGGUCCUGUGCUUAACGAAGGCAGGAGAAGAGACGGAUCCGAGGGAGAGAAGAACGAUUCAGAUUAAACAAAAACGAAAAACGCCGUCUUUAAUUCGGUGAAGAUGGAUCAGGUGUUGAACAAGGUGGGAACGUACUGGUUCAGCAAGAAGGCCAACAAGGAGAUCAGCUCCGUCGGCGAUGACAUCAAUUCAUUGUCCAGCAGCAUUGAAGGAGGAGCAAAAUGGUUGGUUAACAAAAUCAAAGGGAAGAUGCAAACACCACUUCCAGAACUCCUAAAGGAAUAUGGCCUGCCUGUUGGGAUCUUUCCUCGUGACGCAACAAACUAUGAGUUCAAUGAAGAGACAGGAAAGCUCACUGUCUUCAUACCCUCAAUCUGCGAAGUGGGCUACAAGGACUCUUCGGUUUUACGCUUUUUCACCACAGUUACCGGAUAUCUUGAGAAAGGGAAACUAGCAGAAAUAGAAGGGAUGAAAACAAAGGUCAUGAUAUGGGUGAAGGUGACGGCGAUAUCAGCUGAAGGAUCAAAGCUUCAUUUCACUGCUGGGAUGAAGAAAACCCGGAGCAGAGAUGCUUAUGAGGCUCUCAGAGAUGGAGUGGGUGUAGAUAAGCUCUAAAACACUGGAAGCUUGUAUUUGUUUACUUGCUAUUGUUCUGACGGAGCUUCUGUGUUUACAUUCUUCGAACCGAUGUGGCAUGGUUAACUACUAGUGCAAAAACUUUCAAGUGUAUGUAAUCUUCGUCCGCUCUAAAUGUUUCUAUCA